AGAAGAAGACGAGGCGGAAGAGAAAGGAAUAAAGGAUCGAUCAUCAUCAUCAUGGUUUCCGUCAGCUCCUCGUGUCCGGGUCUGUACUGUGGUCGGGUCUCGCUGAACGGGACCGUGAGUGACACGUGUGGGGUGUGUCCCCGGGGAGAGCGUGCUGACGUCCACACCAAGGUGUGUUCUCCGUGCAGCGAGUCCCCGGAGCUUUACGACUGGCUGUACCUGGGAUUCAUGGCCAUGCUGCCGCUGGUGCUGCACUGGUUCUUCAUCGAGUGGUACUCCGGAAAGAAGAGCUCCAGUGCUCUCCUCCAGCACCUCGUCUCCACCCUGGAGUGCGGUGUUUCUGCCGUGGUGACGCUGCUGCUGUCGGAGCCCGAGGGCCAGCUGGGGAUCCGGUCCUGCCGAGUCCAGAUGUUGUCGGACUGGUACACCAUGCUGUACAACCCCAGCCCCGACUACGUCAGCACGCUGCACUGCACGCAGGAGGCCGUUUACCCGCUAUACACCAUCGUGCUGAUCUACUACGCCUUCUGCCUGCUGCUGAUGAUGCUGCUGCGCCCCCUGCUGGUGAAGAAGGUGGCGUGCGGUCUGGGGAAGUCGGACCGUUUCAGGAGCGUCUACGCCGCGCUCUACUUCUUCCCCAUCCUGACGCUGCUGCAGGCCGUCGGAGGAGGACUGCUGUACUACGCCUUCCCCUACAUCAUCCUGGUCCUGUCUCUGGUCACGCUGGCCGUCUACAUGUCGGCCUCCGAGAUCCAGUCGUUCCAGAGUCUGGUGGCCCAGAAGAAGCGUGUGGUGGUUCUGCUCAGCCAUUGGCUGCUGCACGGCUACGGCAUCGUGUCCAUCUCCCUGCUGGACCAGCUGGAGCUAACGCUGCCGCUGCUAGCGCUGGUUCCCGGGCCCACGCUGUUCUACAUCGCCACGGCAACCUUCACCAAGCCCAGCCGCAUCCUGUCUGAGGGCGGCAGCGGACACUAGAAGCUAGGACGCUAGCGUGGGACGGGGGACGCUAGCACAACCGGGACGCUAGCUAGCCAGCGCGAACCGGGAUGCUAGCUAGCUAGCUAGCGCGGUCCGGGAUGGGACGCUAGCUAGCUAGCGCGACCCGGGACGCUAGCUAGCUAGCGCGACCCGGUCAGGGACGCUAGCUAGCGCGACCAGUGACGCUAACUAGCUAGCACGACCCGGGACGGGACGCUAGCUAGCGCGACCAGAGAUGCUAGCUAGCUAGCGCGACACGGGACGCUAGCUAGCGAGACCAGAGACGCUAGCGUGACCCGGUCUGGGAUGGGACGGUUGACGCUAGCUAGUGCAACCCGUUUUGUUGUUUAUAUGUUUUGGAUGUGUGAAUUCUUGUUUUUCUGUAAAUAUCUGUGAAUGAGUAUUUGGAAUGAGUUUGGUUUGUGUGUAACUGUACUGUCACUCAUGAGAAUAUGACGACCCCAGGAAGAAAAGCUGCUGCUUUGCAGAAGCUAAUGGGGGUAUUCAUAAAACAAACAAACCCGGUCCGCUAGCGUCACACGGGACGGGAUGCUAAAUCUAGUAAAGGUUUUGUUGCACCGGUACAGCUCUUCACCGGUGCGUGUCCUCGAGUGAAACCACCAGGAACGUUCUGUGUAGCUUUUUCCACAUGUUUUGCAGAUGUACGGCUUUUCGCCGGUGUGCGACCCGGGACGCCAGCGCCACCGGGUCUGGGACGGGACGCUAGCUAGUGCGACCCGGGACGGACCGCUAGUGCGACACGGCAUGGGACGCUAGCGCAGCAACCCGUGACAAGACGCUAGAAACACGGGACGCUAGCGCAACCCGGGUGCGUGGUUAUGUGGCGUUUAAGAUCUGAUAAAUUAGUGAAGGUUUUUCCACAGGUGUUGCACACGCUAGCGUCACCUGGUCCGGGACAGGAUGCUAGCACGACCCGGUCUGGGACGAGACGCUAGCUAGCACGACCCGGGACGGGACGCUAAAUCUAAUAAAGGUUUUGUUGCACCGGUACGGCUCUUCACCGGUGCGGGUCCUCGAGUGAAACCACCAGGAACGUGCUGUGUAGCUUUUUCCACAUGUUUUCACAUGUAGGGCUUCUCGCCGGUGUGCGACCCGGGACGGGACGCUAGCACCACCCGGGUGCGUAGGUUUUUCCAAAAGUGCACACGCUAGCGUCACCUGGUCCGGAACGGGACGCUAGCGCGAGACGGGACUUCUCGCCGGUGUGCGUGGUUAUGUGGCGUUUAGCGCUGGUUCCCGGGCCCACGCUGUUCUACAUCGCCACGGCAACGUUCACCAAGCCCAGCCGCAUCCUGUCUGAGGGCGGCAGCGGACACUAGCACGCUAGUACGACGCGGGACGCUAGCGCCACCCGGGACGCUAGCGCGACACAGGACUUCUCGCCGGUGUGCGUGGUUAUGUGGCGUUUAAGAUACGAUAAAUUAGUAAAGGUUUUGCACACGCUAGCGUCACCCGGUCCGGGAUGGGACGCUAGCGCCACCUGGGACGCUAGCGCCACCCGGGACGCUUGCACAGCCUGAUCCGGGACUCUAAAUCUAGUAAAGGUUUUGUUGCACCGGUGCGGGUCCUCGAGUGAACCAGCAGGAACGUUCUGUGUAGCUUUUUCAACGUUUUGCAGAUUUUGGGCUUCUCUCCGGUGUGCUAGCGCGACACGGGACGCUAGCGCGACACGGGAUGCUAGCGCGACACGGGACGCUAGCGCGACAUGGGACGCUAGCGCGACACGGGACGCUAGCUUCUCGCUGGUGUGCGUGGUUAUGUGGCGUUUAAGAUCCGAUAAAUUAGUAAAGGUUUUGCACACGCUAGCGUCACCCGGUCCGGACAGGACGCUAGCGCGGGACGGGAUGUUAGAACGACACGGGACGCUAGGCUAGCGCCACCCGGGACAGGAUUAUUAUGAUUAUUAUGAUGGCCAGAGGGAAAGGGGCGUGGUCCUGUUUAAGUUCCAGUUAUUUCUGUUCCUGAACGUUGCUGUAAAUAUUUCAGUAAAUUAUUGUAUAUCGUGAAAUGUCUCAUGUACGAUGUUAAACAUGUAAAUAGUUUCUGUCUGUAUUUCACCGAAGGUUGCUGGUUCUCUGUGUGGACAGACGAGCAGUUUUAUUGCUCCAAAUGUUCACGUUUUACUCUAAAUAAAGUUGUUUAAUGUC